UUUUGCACACUCUGUCUGAAGCCAUGAUGGGAACAAGACGCUUUAUUCACGCAAUUGGUCUGUUCUGUUGGGCGUCAAACGUCGGCGCAGUCAUUAACUUUAACCCUGUGCUUAACGUGCAAGACUCGUGUGGUCCAACUGAUGUUAAACCAAAAGACUGCACAGAACUGCAAGACGCCCAAAGUCAGUCGGGUAUCUACUCAAUAUAUCCCGACCGCGCAAUGCCAAAAGGGUUUAAAGUCAGCUGCGAUAUGGACGUUGACGGCGGCGGUUGGACGGUGAUACAGCGACGUGUCUCGGACACAGACUUCUACAAGACGUGGAAUGAGUAUCAAACGGGAUUUGGUGACCUCGCAAAGAACUUCUGGCUCGGAAACCAAAAGAUUUCUAUCAUAACUUCGCAAGGCUGGUACGAACUCAGAAUUGACCUGAUGGCUACAAAUGGAGACACGCGAUUCGCUAAUUACGAAGUUUUUUCGGUGGGUGAUGCACAGAGCGAGUACACUUUGUUUGUCGACGGUUAUUCUGGAAAUGCUAAUGAUAGCAUGGCUACCCAUAACGGGGCGAAGUUUUCUACAAAGGAUCGAGAUAACGAUAAUAAUAGCGCUAACUGUGCUGAGUCAUACAAAGGGGGCUGGUGGUACAACGAUUGUCAUGAAGCUAAUCUGAACGGAGAUUUUGGAAAUACGGAAUAUGGUCAAGGCAUAAACUGGUAUCAUUGGCUUGGGCAUCGCGUCUCUCUUGCGAAAGCCGAUAUGAAAAUAAGGCGUAAAAUUUAAUUUUUCAUUCAGUUUAAACGCCACAUAGUUAAAACGUUUUCCCAAAGCACAACAUAUAGAAGGCAGAAAACUACAAAAUAAUGUACCUUUAGACUUCUUAGAACCAGUGAAAAUGUUUCGUCUCGUUUAUAUUAUACUUGCAGACAAUAAAACAAUUCCUUGAAGACACCAGUCUGAGUCCUUCUCUGUGGUCAAAGUAAAAAUAACGUAACCGGCAUAUUUCUGGAGACACGUUAUGCUUUCGGGUAAUAGGAAUACAUGUAGAUUUUAUUUUAUUUUGUUUUACGAACAUUUCUUUCAUUGCAUGCGUCUUUGUUGUACUCUCAUUUUAACAAACUACCGAUAUUAUGCAAGGCUCUGUUUUGUAUCCUAAUGGUGAACAUUGAUUAGCAAUGUAACUUUUACACGUGAAUAUCUAAUUUAUAUAUGCAUGAUUAUUUUUUCAUUGUUGAAUUGUUUCCAAAAUGGACCAUGUGGCAUUAUCUAUUCUUUUUGAAGUAUUAGGACUUUUAAAUGACGAGCACUCAUUUGAGCCUAACAUUUUUGUUACGUGUUCAAAUUGUUCCAAUGCGAAUUCCGUUGUAGUGUCAGUCAGUGAAUUAGUGGGAAAUGGCCUUAAACGUUUGGUCAUUAGCGGUGAGUAUGGUCUCUUAGUGUCGCGGUGUUUAUAUAUUAAGAACGUUUUCAUGUAUUACAUCACAGAGUCAAUCUCUAACUAAUUUCACGAUUUGUUUUAUGUCGUGUCAAAGAUAGAGUCAAUUUAAGAUUAUGAAUUUAAAUUAUACUGGUAAAAAGCAUUUCCUGAACUAGUCAUUACGAGUUACAAGUAAUGUCACAGAUAGUCAUUAUCUAUAAUUGAUAUAUGAACCACUGGCCCAUGCUUACACAUUUACUUUAUAUUCAUUCAUAUUUAUUCGUACGUUUACAAUUGCUUCACUUUUAUCACAAAAUUUAACAUAAAAAAUUUCCUUUCGAUUACAUUUGUUUUCCUUGUCCUUGAUGUAUUCUCAAAACACACCAAGAAAAUCGAUCAACAUUUUGUUAGGCGUAUGUAAGUUAUGGAAGCGUAUAGACGUCUUCAAUGUUCAAGUCAUUUGAAUUUCAAGAGAAUGCAUAUUUUUAGCUCGACUAUUCGAAGAAUAGGUGGGCUAUACUACUCGCCCCAGCGUCGGCGUCGGCGUCGGCGUCUGGUUAAAGUUUUACGGCAAGUUGGGAUUUUCACUUUAUAAGUCCAAUACCCUUUAUUCAAUUGACUUAAUACUUCACACAGUUGUUCAGGGCCAUCACAUGAUGAGGUUAGAUAACUCCAUAUUAUUCUUUAUACAGAUUAUGGCCCCUGAUUGACUAUGGAACUUAGGUUAAAGUUUUAGGCCAGGUUGGGAUAUUUAUUAGUAACUUCUAUACCCUUUGUUCAAUUGACUUAAUACUUCACACAGUUGUUCAGGACCAUCACACAAUGAGGCUACAUAACUCCAUAUUAUCCUUAAUACAAGUUAUGGCCCCUGAUUGACUUAGGUUAAAGUUUUAGGGCAGGUUAAAGUUAUAGGGAAAGUUGGGAUUUUCACUUAAAAGUCAAAUACCAUUCAUUCAAUUGACUUAAUACUUCACACAGUUGUUCAGAGCCAUCACAUAAUGAGGUUAGAUAACUCCGUAUUAUCUUUUAUACAAAUUAUGGCCCCUGAUUGACUAUGGAACUUAGGUUAAAGUUUUAGGGCAGGUUGGAAUAUUUAUUAAUAACGUCUAUACCCUUCAUUCAAUUGACUUAAUACUUCACACAAUUGUUCAGGACCAUCACCCAAUGAGGUUACGUAACUUAUUAUCCUAAAUACAAGUUAUGGCCCUUGAUUGACUAAGGUUAAAGUUUAAGGUCAGGUUAAAGUUUUAGGGCAAGUUGGGAUUUUAAUAAAAACACUUCUAUACCCCUCAUUCAAUGCACUUAACACUUUGCAGAAUUAUUGACAACCAUCUUACAACAAGGAACGUAACUCCAUUUUAGCCAUUAAUACAAAUUAUUGCCCUUGAUUUUUUUUUCUUUUUCUUUUAAUUUCUUUUAAAAGGCACAUUUUAAUAUUCCUAACCACAUUUUCAUUAAGGGUAAACAAUUAUUUUAUUAUUAUUACUUUUUUUUAAAUUUCUUUUGAAAGGCACAUUAUGAUAUUCCUAACCACAUUUUCAUAAAGGGAAAACAAGUUAUUUGAUGUUUGGGCGUGCUGGUGUUCGGGCAGCGUCAAAGUCACCAUGGUUGAUAUACUGUGACCAAACAUGAUAUGUAGGAAGAGUUUAUGGAGGUCUUCCAUGGGAUUGUGUUUGGGGCCAUUAGGAUCAAGGUCACUGUUGCAAAAAUAGAAGAAAUCAUCUUCUGCCAAUCAUUAAACACCUGGUUUUGUCACAUUGCGAUUCUUGUUCACUUUUUAAUUUGAUUGUUUUAUUGCUUUUGACAGGUACAUAUUACAUCGUUAUUGUAUUCACUUCUAAGUCAAAGCGACGUAGUCGAGCGCGCUGUCUUACGACGGCUCUUGUUGUUUUAUGUAAGUCAUCCAAUGAGAAACUGAUUAAAUAUUAUUGAUUUAUUUUUCUUAAAAAAUGGUGUUUUGUACAUAGUUAUUUGUAACAAUUACAAAAAAAUGAAAUAUGAAUACUAUUAUUUGUGUAAUUAUCAAUAAUAAAUAUAUCCGACAAUGAA